CCUGUCGUCGUCGUCGUCGUCGUCGUCGUCGUCGCAUCGCGUCACGCCCCCCGCCCCGCGUGUCGAUCUGCUCCCCCCAAACAACACGGACGCACACGCACGCAGGAAUCAAUCACACACACGCACCAGGCACCACCCCCUCCCGUCCUCCCCUUCCCUGCGUCCCGGAGAGAGAAAAGUCUCCUCCUCCUCCCCUCUCCGCCUCGCCCCCUCUCAAACAUCCCCCGCGCCGAUGGAUCUCCGCCUCGCCCACUAGGCCGCCAGCGCGACCGCGUGUGGGUAGGGGGAUGGGGUUCCUCGGGCGGAGGCCGUGGCUGCUGUUCCUCGCCCUCGCCCUCGCUUCCGCGGCCGUCGCCGUCGCCGUGGAAGCCUCCGAGGGAGACGCUGAUCCGCUCUACAGAGCUUGUGUGGAAGGAUGCCAAAAGACAGGCUCCCUGAAGGAGACUUCUAUUAAACACUGUUUGGUGCCAACCGAUGGCCAACCUGCUGACAAAUCAUGGUACACGCACGAGCCACUGUACUUGCAAUGGAAGGACUGGAACUGCAAGAGUGAAUGCAGAUACCACUGUAUGAUGGAAAGGGAGAGUGAAAGGGCAAAGCUUGGCCUUCAGCCUGUUAAGUAUCAUGGAAAGUGGCCUCUGAAGCGUGCCUCUGUGUUUCAGGAACCUUUAUCUGCAUCUCUUUCUGCUCUUACUCUUGUUGUGCAAUUUAAUGGGUGGCUAUCGUUUUUCCUCUUGCUUUAUUAUAAGCUUCCUCUACGAUCAGAAACUCACAAGACAUACUAUGAAUACACUGGCUUGUGGCACAUUUAUGGGCUCCUUGCCAUGAAUUCAUGGUUCUGGAGUGCCAUAUAUCACAGUUGUGACACAACUUGGACAGAAAAGCUAUAUUUUUCAUCAGCUGCUGCCUUUCUGGGGUAUUCUCUCAUUUUGACAAUCCUGCGGACUUUAAAUUUAAGAGACGAAGCUUCUAGAGUUAUGGUUGCCGCUCCUAUUCUGGCUUUUGUAACAACCCACAUUCUGUACCUCAACUUCUACGAACUUGACAAAGGCCUGAACAUGAAGGUUUGUACUGUGAUAAGCAUUGCUCAGUGUCUCCUAUGGGCACUGUGGGCUGUCAUGACUCGGCAUCCUUCAAGGCUGAAGAUCAUAUUUGUUUCCAUUGGAGGUGCGGUUGCAGUACUUCUGGAAGCUUAUGACAUUCCUCCGCGAUGGGGAUAUGUAGAUGGCCGUGCAAUCUGCCUUGCUGUGGCUAUACCCCUGUCGUACCUUUGGUGGAGCUUUGCCAAGGAAGAUGCUGAGAUGCGAACAUCAGCAAUCCUGAAGAAGACACGAUAACGAGCAAAUAUGACAUCACCUGUGUGAUAAUUUUAUCUCUGCACCCAGCCAUUGUAAAGAUAAAAAGUUUCACUUGUAAUCUUAGGUAACUUAGUAUGUGAAUUAUCGUCUUAUUUUUGUUCCACGAUGUUUCCUGUCUCAGUUCAGAAGGCCAUAUUGUUUAAGGGGCCACUUCUAUUCUUUAAUUUAUACAGCAACUGAACACUUGGUAGUCUCGAGUUCAUCAACUAUAAUCUCAGAAGAUUGUUACCAUGCGUUA